AUGGCUAAGCCUUUGACGACCGAAUUGGGAUACGUAUGUGCUUGGAGGUUUCAGCGCGUGAGUGACCAGAACUGUCACCCUUUUUCUGGGACUGCAAGGGUCACUUAUAUUCACUGGACUACCUUUUCUUCCUGCCAAGUGAAAACCAAUCUGAACAAACAGGGGAAGUCGAGAGGUGGCGGUCGGGUUCGAACCACAGACUUUCCCAUCAGUAACCACUUGAGCUAUCUCGCCCCCCUGAACAAGUUUGCGACAGAAGCAUAUCGUGUCUGUUUUCGCGGUGGAGGUGAGCGAGUAGACCAGCCCACACUAAACGUGACACGGGCAGUAUAG